GCUUGAGCCCCAAGGAGUCAAUCUAUAUAUCCUUUGAGUGCUACGUCAGGGUAGAUAAGAGGGAGAUUCCUCAGGUCGAAUGACACCUCGCAGGACUAACUAGUGUAACCCUUGAGGUCUGCUGAGUCAUCUGUUACAUGACCUUGUCCAUAUGACGCUGGCAUUCAAACGCCCAACGCUGUCCCAGUUCACCAUCCAUUGUUUGUCCUUCUCUACCUCUCUCUAUGCUUGGUUCCUGCUGUCAAUACACGAGGUUCUUGGAUGGUCUCUCUCCACCAAUUCUCUAUCACUUAUGUAGCCGUUUCUCGUCAAGCGACUAUUCGUGAAACAAGGUCUCGAAAGAGCUCACCGCUACAUUAGUUAACUAUUCUUUCAGCGAGUGUGAAUUACAACACAGUAUCUGCCUCACUUUUGGUGCAAAGCAACAAGAACGAACGGGACAUCAGAAGAGAGAAGAGGUCCAGACCCAGCCAAAGUGUGAAUCCGCCAUGUUUUCUGAAUAUGCCUCCCGCUUCCUUGCACAAUCACAAUCCCGGUUGGUGACGCAUUCCGAAGACGUCCGCAGACAGGGCCAUGGACAUUUCAUUCACCAACCGGGAAAUCUCCGUUCACCCCAAUCACGGUCUUUUUUGCAACGAACGGCCAUUGAUCCGUAUCAAACUGUCGCUUCGCAGGUCUCAAAUCUUGCGCGAAACCCGACACAGCAAGCACCUCUGUUCUAUAGUGCCACAGACGAAUUUCGGGAGGAUGAUGAUGAAACUGAGCACGAGCGGGAGAUUGCGGACUUCUAUGCCCUGCAGAAAUCACGACGAGUGUUGGAAGUCAACCAUCUUCAAGAGUCUUCAGAGAAUGAUGAUGAUGAUAAAUCCCCCUCCACUAUAGAAGAAUCUGUUACCCAUCAUACCUAUCGAGAAAGCUUCAAAGGUAAGGGUAUUUGGAGCUCGUGGCGUGAAAGCAGCCCCACCCAGAAAUCACAAAGACCCCAGAACGGCAAUAGGUUACUGCGAGCUGAACCUGGGCGUGAUAUGCAGACUAAGUGGAUGGGAUUUCAGCGAGGAGAGAAUCUCGUUGAUGUUCGUUUAGAAGACACACUUGGAUCGAGCAUCAUUUCUGACGGAGAGUCCCCUGAGAUAGGCGAUGACAACCCGCCCUCGAUCCAGCGAUUUCGAGAACAGCCAAAAUCCCGCAUGGGUAAUCUUGGGAUUACUCCAACUAUCACGCAAUCAGGGUCAGACGCCGCCGAAGCGCCCGAAGGUUGUCUACAGGAGAGUCCGCUAGCUUCAUACGAAGCGCCUACCGUGUCGGUUAGGGUUCGCUCGCCUGUCUAUGACGCUUUCUGGGCCCAGCUGUUCCUGAUAUUUAUUGCUUGCCUCUUUGCAACUUCUUUUCUUGUUUAUCUACAUACAUCCGCUCCCCCUGAUUUCCCGAAAUGGGGCGAUACGGUGUAUUCGACUAUUCACAACUCGUUUUUCAGGCUGGGGGUUUUCACUGUGGUCUCAAUAUUCCUGUCUCUGCUUUGGCUCGCGCUGCUACGGUCAUAUGUACGCCCCCUGGUCUAUGUCGUCUUAUUUGCCGUUCCGGCAAUUUUGUACUUCUUCUCACUCUAUCCCUUCAUCUCGAGUUUUCGUGGCUCUUGGCAUGGAGCAAGCAUCCAGGAUAAAGCCAUGAGGUGGCUAUCAGUUAUCCCUUUCGUGAUAGCAAGUGCCUGGAUUUUUAACGUUAUACGGAGCCGUCGAGCGAUAGGUAAAGCAGUAGGCAUACUUGAAUUUGCCUGCCGUAUCCUUGCCGCAAACCCCGAGCUUUUGGUUCUUGGCGUCUGCAUCCUCUUGCUUAUUGUCGCAUGGACAUGGGUUUGGAUGCUCAUGUUCACGCGUGUAUUCCUAACGGGACACAUCUCCGGAUCUUUGCUCUUUUUCAUGGAUCCGAGCAGUUGGUGGCUGGGAGUCUACUAUGUAAUAGUCUAUUUAUGGUCGUUGGGAGUUGUCGCUGGCGUUCAACGUACGGUCACGGCUGCAACAGUGAGCCAGUGGUAUUUUCACAGGUUGACCACGCCCGCGCCAGCAUCUAGGCUAAUAGUUCGAGCCGCUACCCAUCAUUGUCUCACAACAUCUUUCGGCACGGCUUGCUUGUCUAGCCUUCUGGCCCUGUUGAUUCGGCUUCCGCUUCUGCUACUUCCACAUCGGAUCUCUUCUGUUCUCAGUCUCUGUGCCUAUUCCUUUGUUCCGACUCCGUUGGCUACUAUCACAAAUCCCCUGGCCCUCACCUAUGCUGCAAUUCAUUCUCAACCGCUUACUGUAUCGGCCCGUGGUCUGAUGCAAAUGACAAACCUUGCACCGUCGGUAGCCAUCUCACCUAUCCACCCACGGUCUUUCACCUGGUCUCGCGAAACCUCUGCAGCGCUUAUCUCGUAUCGGCUAUCGAAACUUAUCCUUCAUGCCGCUCGCCUUAUCAUGUCACUAGCGCUUGGCUUUGGAGGUUGGGUCAGUACUGCACGGAACUAUCGCGUGCCAAGUGACCCUGGUGUGGUUCGCGGCAGUCUGUAUGCUUACAUGGUAGGGCUAAUUGCUGGAACGAUUGGUUGGAGUAUCUUGGGUGCCAUCGAGAGUGUCAUCGCUGAUAUUGUUGAUGCGUCUCUCAUCUGCUGGAGUAGUGAAGUCGGUAUCUACGGAAGGGAGGCGAGAUAUUGCCGGGAAGCUGGCUGGCUUUUCAGUGAAGAGCCCGCUCCCUCGGUCUGCUAUACAGAUUCCCGCGAGCCCUGAGUCGAUAACCUCAUACAAUUAUUCAUGCCGGGUGAUAGGUCAGCAAGCAUAUUUACAUGCCAUCAUUCUAUGCAGCAGACACGCAUGAAAACAAAGCCUCUUCCAUUGGACGACCUGAAGCUUACCGAUAACCGGAAUCUCUGACCUUGCGGUGGGUUUUCAGACAACACCAUGAAGUGUCAAGCCUUAUACUAUGCCCAAUUGCUGCUUCGUCUCCCAGUUAGUCAACAUGUGCUUUGAUGGGAACCAAUUUAUUGAGAUAAUAUUUUUGCCAAUUACUGUAAGGUUCUUUCUCUCGUGGGUUUAUCUCAUGGCUUUGUGGUGCUGUGCUCUGUGGUUCUCUUGCGUCAUCCUCGGAAAAAUUUAAGAGCAUUGCAUGACGUGGUAGACUAAAC